AUGGUGGUCUGUGGAUCUUGCGGGCUCCCUCCAGGGGCCCAGCGCAAGGCUUUUUGGCUGAUGCUGGUGCUGGUGCUGCUGUCAUCGAUGGUCGUGAUCAUUAAGGAGCGCAGCUUCGCGAGAGAAGUGCACAAACUAACCCCUGUCCUGGAAGAGCUAGUUCCUUCUUCCUGUGUUCCUAACCCCCAGAAUGAUGGGCUUUACGUACACCUCGAGUGUCCUAUUCGGAACUCAUCCACUUUCUACCCGCCUUCAAACUUCGCCAAGAAUAUUUCAGCUUUCCACGGCGUCUUUUUUGAACUCAGAGCAGAGAUGUUUCAGUACACUGGAAUCCCAAACCUGCUCUUUGGAGGCAGGAAGGCAGAAUGGAUUGACCACCUCCUGGCGUCUGGCUUGCGGGCUGGUGGCUAUACACUGCCUGGUUCGUUUUCUGGCUAUUUUAAAGAGAAGCAACAGCUUCCGCUGGAAGAAGAUGGGGUGUACACGGCGGAGAGCUCCAGGCCACCGCGUAAAGUGGACUCCCAGUCAACUUUAGUAUACAAGAAUUAUUUGUACACCGGCAAUCCACUGGCUCCACAAAUAGGAGAUGUACGAAUUUCUUUUUGGGGCAACAAGUCUACACACGUCAGCCUCAUUGGCAAGCAAACCAAAACCUACUUUGGCUCUGGAAGAACUGUGCUCGAAGCACCGGCCGAUGCAAAGACGGGCUCCCCCAUGACGAUAUUGGCAGAAGGCGACUACGAACCUCACCGGCUUGUUGAGCACCGACUGACUCAGUUGGGGUUCCCUGCCUCAUUUGUGUGGCUGUGGCGCUUCGGAAGUUUUCUCCUUUUCUUUUUCUUAAUUGCCUCCUCUAACUGUUGGGAAACAGCAGCAAGCAGCCCCAAUCCACUGCCGUUUUGGGGUAGGAUGCUUCUUUCCGGCUUGUUGGCGCUGGCUGGAACUCUGCUGCAAUUAGCUGCGGGCUGGUGGAGCGUGGAGAUCGGCGCGGCGAGGCGACUGUUUGUGAUUGCUGCUGUGAUUGCCGCGGUCGCGGCGAUCCUCAGAUUGCUGCUCCCCCGGCUGCUGCCUCCAGCCCUAACGGCAGAGGUCUGCCGAGGUGGCAAGUACUACGACCUUGGGGUAUCUCUGCAAGUCCCCGGUUCAAGCCCAGGCAGCAGCUCUCGCUUGUGCGAAACCGCAGCUACAGUAGCAGCGGCUGCCGCCGCAGCUGCUGCUGCAGCAGUAAAUGGCCAAAGUGCUCAGGAGACACGACAGGGCACUGUUAUCCGGUGGACAACAACUCCUGCUCUGCCCCCCUCUCCAGAAGACACAAUUCGCCGCAGCGUAGCAGUUGCAGCAGUGCCAGGGGGAGCACCAACAGGACCAGCAGCAGCAAAAGCAGUGGAAGCACCUACUUACGGCACAAGCUAUAGGAACGGAGGGCUAGCCGCUGCAGACUUUGGCGUGUACGGACAGCCCCCAUUGUUGCCCACAAGGGCUGCGAGUAUCACGAAUCUUUCUUUGCAGAAAUCCUCAUCAAAGGGAUCAAUAUGA